CCCACCCCCAAACUCCCUGAUUCCUCACACUUCGUCUUCUACUAUCCUUCGAAUCACUUUUCCUUCCAUCAUAGCCCAAGAUGGACGCCCACACAGCCACCACCGAGAAGAAUCUCGACAUUGAUCAACUCGAGCGAGCCGAGACUCAGGUGUCCAUUGACUCCGAUAAAGUCAACGAUGCUCGCAUCCAAGCUUUUACCCCAGCAGAGCAGAAGAAGAUCAUCAGGCGUAUUGACAGACGGCUGGUGCUUACGCUCGGUCUCCUUUACUGCGUGUCCUUGAUGGAUCGAACAAAUACUGGUAUUGCGGUCGUCGCUGGUAUGGGUGUCGACCUCGUCCUUAUCGGAAACCGAUACUCGAUCAUCGUCCUCCUCUUCUUCAUCACCUACGUUCUGUUGCAGCCACCUGCUACCGUGGUCUUGCGAAAAGUUGGACCUCGCAUUUUCCUCCCAUCCAUCACCCUCCUCUGGGGCAUCACCAUGAUCUGCUUCGGGUUUGUGAGAGAAUGGGUCGAUCUCAUCCCUCUCCGAUUGAUACUGGGUGUGUUUGAGGCUGGCUUCUUCCCUGGCUGUGCGUACCUACUUAGCUGCUGGUAUCCCCGCUACGAACUGCAGAAGCGAAAUGCCGUUUUCUACCUCAUCGGAUCCAUGGCUUCCGCCUUCUCUGGUAUCCUUGCUUACGGCUUCUCUCAACUCAAAAACCACGGAUCUGGACCCGAGUGGUGGGGACAACACUACGGUCCUACUAAGGCAAAUCCCGAUGCUCCGUCAGGAAUUCUUCCUGGUAUUGCAGGUUGGAGAUGGAUCUUCAUCCUCCAGGGUGUCGUCACUUGCGUCAUGGCAAUCGUCUCAUUCCUGUUCAUCGUGGAUUUCCCCGAGCUCUCCACCAGGAGCUUCGGACUGAAAUUCCUCAACGAGGAAGAGGCCGCCUUUGUCGUUGCACGCAUUGAAAAAGACCGCCACGAUGCCAUCCCAGAAGACUUCAAAUUGGGCAAAUACCUCAAGCACGCAUUGGACCUGAAGGUAUGGGGGUUCGCUGCUCUCUUCGGCCUCACGACCACCAACACCUAUGCCAUUGCGUAUUUCCUUCCCAUCAUUCUCAACGAAGGCAUGGGCUUCGGGGUGGCUGCUUCUCAAUGUCUCAUCUCACCUCCUUACGUCCUUGCCGCCAUCGUCAUGUACGCAUUUGCGUAUCUUGGCGACAAAUGGCAUCUCCGGUCCCCUUUUAUCCUCAUUAACGGAGCCCUGCUUCUGAUUGGCUUGCCCCUUCUUGGCUAUCUUGACAAUGUGGGAGUUCGCUAUUUCGGUGUCUUCAUCGCUACAACAGCUUGUAACGCCAAUGUCCCCUGCGUCCUCACCUGGCAAGCCAACAACAUCCGAGGCCAAUGGAAACGCGCUCUUUGCUCGGCCACACUUGUGGGUGCCGGAGGUAUUGGUGGUAUCAUUGGCAGCACCGUUUUCCGCUCGCAAGAUUCGCCAGAGUACCACCCAGGUAUCCUGACCUGCAUGAUCUCUAGCGCACUGAUCAUCAUCAUCACUUUGGCUCUGGACUUCAAGUUCUGGCGCGCCAACAAGCGAGUGGACGCUGGAGGCAAGGCUAUUGAAGGCCUGGCAGGGUUCAAAUAUACCUUCUAAGGGCCUCACGUUUGUGCGCGGAAUCGCUCUUCAAAUGCCCAAAGUCGGAACUUGGUCAAAGCAGGGCUGGGACAGAAAGUGCUUGAAGAUUGAAAUCUAGCUUUCUCAUCUCAUUGGGAUAAUACAAUGCAAGGUUAUACUGGUAUAUACGUG